AUGAACAGUACAAAUGAAAUUAAUAAUGAUGGAAAAAUAAAUUAUCAUCACAACUUGAGAAAAAAUAGAAAACCACGUAAUUAUGAUUUUGAGUAUUUUGAUGAAUCCCUAAAUAAACCAAAAUGUAGAAAAAAAAGAAAAAAAAAAAAAACAUUGAAAAGUAUAGUAGGUUGUAUUAAUAAAAAUAUAAAUUCUCUUAAUAUGCAUAAACUUAAAAGAUCAUAUAUAAAAAGAAAAUAUAAACAAAAAAAUUUUUGCAGUAACGGUGAUAUAAUAAAAGACAGAAGUGAAUAUAUUUUAGACAAAAACUAUUAUUUAUCACAUAAAUCAAUUAAUAUUGAAAAUCCCUACCUUAAAAAUAAUAAAACAAAAAAGUUUAAUUUAGACAAAAAUGUGUAUUUAUUUAAUUCAAGUAUUACUUUAAGGAAUAAUAAUAUAAAAGCAGAUAGAAUAUGUGAAUAUUUAACUUACAAAACUAAUACUAUAUGGAAAUAUAUGGGAUCAACAGUUAAAUUUAAAUUACUAAAUGAUCAACAAGAAAAAUAUAUUUUUUUGAAGAAUAUGAAGAAACAUAUAAUAUUUGAAAUUAUUAAAAUAGCUAUGUUUGCGUUGCUGAAAGUUAAUUUAAAUGAUAAUAAUAUUUAUACACUUAAGUUUAUAGGUAUGCAAAAAACAUUAAAAAAAAAUUAUGAUAAUAAUAAUGUAUUAUUAAGAAAUAGUUGUCAAGUGAAUGAAAAUAAUUUUGAUUAUAAUAAUGAUAAAAAUAGUAAUGAAAAAAAAAAAAGUGAAUAUAAGAAAAAUAAUUGUAAGACAAAACAGGAGAAUAAGGAUUUAAGUAAUUCUUCAAAUGAUAAAAAAUAUUUGAAUUUUUUUAGUACUAAUUCUAAAGAUUCUAAGUUGAACAUAAAUAAAAGAUUAGAAAUAAAAAAUGAUAUAUUAAAUCAAGGGGUAACUGUAUCAGAAAUAUUAGAUUUUGUAAAAGAAAAAUACGAAAAAUACUACGAAAAUGUUAAACAAUAUAUUGUGACUACAUUAAACAUAUACUGUGCUUUAAAUAUUUUUAAAUUAAUUAGAAGAGGUAGAUAUGCUAUUUGCAAAUAUGAUAAUUUUAAUAUUUUUAAAGUGAAAUAUUAUAGAAAAUAUCAUAAAUUUUUUUAUUCUUUAAAAGGGGAAGAAGAAAUUCUAAUGAAUAUUAAAAAUUAUUUGAAAUCUUUUUAUUACGAUAAAAACAAAGAAAAAAAUGUUACAACAAGUAAAGAAGUUUAUCAAACAAAUAAAUACGAUCUUUAUAAUACAAUUAAUGAAAAAAAUAAAAUAAUUAAAAAAAGAAAAAAAAGAAAUGUAACUAAAGAUAAAGUAGGUAUCAAUAACAUAAAUAUAAAAGAAAAUGUACUUGAUACAACUUAUACUUCAUGUAAAAAUAAAAGGUAUGGAAGUUCUAUAGAUGAUAUUCCUUUAUAUAAUAAUAAUAAUAAACCAAAUGAUUUUAAAAAUAAUGUGUUGUUAUCUGUUAAGAAAAGGGGGAAAAAAAAAGUAAAAAAAGUUAAGGAUAGUCAAACUGAUGUUGUAUAUGAGUCAAAUAGUAAUGAGGAUAUAACUGAGCCUGAAACCAGUGUUAUAAAUAAUAAUACAUAUAAUUCAUUAGAUUACUGUGAUGAUAAAAUAAAAAAUGUUUUCAUUGAUUUAAACAAAAUUAAUAUAAAAUGUAUUAAAGUUGUUUAUGGGAUGAAACAUUUUUUUUGUUCUUAUGAUACUAAAGAAAAAAGUGAUAAAAACUUUGAAAUUAUAAAAGUACAAAAAAAAUAUGACUUAUUAAGAAGGAAACAUAUGAUAAAUAUGAAUUUAAGAUAUAAUUUUCUCUAUAAUACCAAGAGAUUAUUAAAUAGUUAUUGCUAUGUUAAUGACGAUUGUAAUUUAACAAAUACAACAAAUUUUUUUUUAAGAAAUAAUAAUAUAAAAAAGGAAGAAGAAAAAAAGGCACCUCAAUAUGGAAAACAAAAAAAACAAAAUAAUGAAGAUGACUCAUCAAUACACGAAAAAUAUAAUUAUGUUAAUUUUAACUUAAGCUAUAAAACAUUGAGAAAAAAAAUGAUUUGCUUACGACAUUUUACAAGUAAUAGCAAAAAAGAUGAAAAAUGUUUUAAACAGAAGCAUGAAAUAAGAAUAAAAGAUAAAUUACAAAACGCACAUAAUGACUACUUAAUACACACUUACUCGAUUAAUUCUAAUUUUUCUAACCCUUUAAGUAAUGAUGAAUUUUCAAUUAAUUUUGAAAGCCAAUGUUCUCAAAAAAGUAUAUAA